UUGUCCCGCCGCAGGAUCUGCCCAUUCCGCAAACUCUAUAAAGAGGGACCGCAAACUUCUCCAGAUGAGGUUUCCAGAGCUACGGGAUGCCCCGGCCUCUCCUCCUCCGUGUUCUGUGGGUGCUGAUAAUCCAGUGCCAGGCUCCCUCUGCACAGAUCAUGGAUUAUUUGAUAGAAAGCUGGAGGAAGUAUGAGAUGGAGUGCCAACACAACAUGUCCAUAGAGCCACCUCCUACAGGCCUGGUCUGUAAUCGAACCUUCGACAAGUUCUCUUGUUGGCCGGACGCAAUGCCCAACACCACAGUCAACGUUUCUUGUCCCUGGUACCUGCCUUGGUAUAAGAAAGUGCAGCACGGCCUUGUCUACAAGCACUGUGGACCGGACGGGCAGUGGGAGCCAAUGCUGAACGGAACCUUACUUCGUGACGCUCGGGAGUGCGAGUUGGACAAAAAUGACCAGCGUGACCAGGAACAAUACGGGCGGACGUACAACAGCUUUAAGAUCAUGUACACCGUGGGAUACUCGGUGUCCUUGGGGGCUCUGAUUUUGGCCCUAGCGAUCCUCGUGGGGUUCAGUAAACUGCACUGCAUGCGCAACUACAUCCACAUCAACCUGUUUGUCUCGUUCAUUCUCCGCGCGGUGUCCGUCCUCGUGAUUGACUCCCUCCUGAAAACCAUUUACAACGAGACGAUUAACGAUGAUUAUGUGCAGCGCUGGCGCAGUAACGAGGUCGGGUGCCGCGUGGCUACGGUCCUCAUGCAGUAUGGGGUGAUUGCUAAUUAUUGCUGGUUACUGGUGGAAGGGAUUUAUCUGCACAACCUGCUCGUCCUCGCCGUCUUCUCGGAGAGAAGUUACUUCGCCCUCUACGUCUGCAUCGGUUGGGGUGCUCCGAUUAUCUUCAUAGUCCCGUGGGUGGCCGUGAAGUACACGUAUGAAAAAGACGCGUGCUGGGUCACAAAUAAUAACAUGGCCUACUGGUGGAUUCUCAGGACACCGGUAUUCAUUGCCAUACUGAUCAACUUCUUAAUUUUCAUCCGGAUUAUUCAAAUUCUGGUGUCCAAGAUGCGAGCUCAUCAGAUGAGGUACACAGACUUUAAGUUCAGGUUGGCCAGGUCUACGUUGACCCUAAUCCCCCUGCUGGGCAUUCACGAGGUGGUCUUUGCACUUCUCACCGAUGAAAACGCCCAGGGGACCAUGCGUCUGGUCAAACUCUUCUUUGACCUUUUCCUCAGCUCCUUCCAGGGCAUACUGGUCGCUGUGCUGUACUGUUUUGUCAACAAGGAGGUCCAGUCCGAGCUGCUGAAGAAAUGGAAGCGCUGGAAACUCGGCAAAGACAUCGAAGACGAAUAUAAGCACACUUACAGCCAGACGCCCCGUGCUGGCACCGGCAGUGUUUGUGAAAAACAUAAGCUGGUCGGCAGCUGCACCAACGGGACGGGGAACUCAAACAACUGCUCCGGCAUGCACUAUCGCGAUAAGAUAGGCGUCAGCACCACCGAGAACAUAACACUGAGCGACAGACAACUCAGCUUCGAGUAUCCGGACAGCGUGGAGAACGUCCUCUGAGCCCAGAACGGGGAAGCAGAGUCCUCCUCUACACUGGAGAGAGCCGGGCCCAUAGGCGGCUGCUGAAGGAUCGGGUGCAUAAAUAAGAAAA